AUGAAGUGCCUCGUUCCGCGCGUCGGGCCUCUCACGCUCCCCUCGCGGGGCUCUGCGGCCCACAGACCGCACACCAACGGACCUGGCGGGCCGUGGCCGGGAGCUUCAUACCCGAGCCGACGCUCGAGCGUGCGGUUGCGCGCUUCGGAGGAGGAGGACGAGGCGAGCAAAGGCCCCAGCACGGAGCUGGCGCGCGUCAUUCAGCGCAAGUCGAAGGAGGUGCAGGACCUCCUCGAGGAGCUGGGCAUGGAGAAGCUCGACGAGGAGCUCGCCAACCUGCCCGUCGACGAGAGCGCCGCGCCCUUCCCGCUGUCGAUGACCGUCAGCAACGUCAUCGAACUGGAACAGCGGGGCGGCCCCGCGCUGAUCGUCGAAGUGCGGCGCACGGGCCCGACGCCGGAGGACGUCGCGACGGCCGUCAGGGACAUGGCGACGGCUGGCGCGGACGCGGUGGCGGUGCCGACGGACCUCGAGGACACCCCCGACGGGCUGGCGGACCUGGAGGCGGCGUGCGUCGCCGCCAGGGAGGUCGAGCCGCGCCUGGGCCGCAAGGUGCCCGUGCUGAUGAAGGACUGGAUUCUGCACCCGUACCAGCUGAUUCAGGCGAAGAAGGUGGGCGCCGGGGGCGGCAUCGGGCUCGUGACGCAGGUGUCGGGGGCCAGGGGCACGGCGGUCGUGAGUGCCUUCGCGGCGCGGAUGGGCAUGGACUGCCCCGUCGAGGUGGUCAACCUGCAGGAGACCGAGGCGAUGAUCGAAGCCGGGGUGGCGCUGUUCGCGUUCAGCACCUCGAUCGGGCUGUCCGUCAGUCUGCCGGGGUUCAAGGAGCAGGUCGCCUCGAGCCUCAUCGGCAAGCUCCCGCACGGGUGUCUGUCCCUCAUGUCCGCCAGGGACGUCCAGGAGGCCGUCGCGGCGCGCGAGGCGGGCGCGGACAUGGUGCUGCUCCGCUGGGAGCUGUUCGAGGGCUGCGACCUCGCCGCGAGCCGCGAGAUCAUCAGCGCGAUCAAGAUGGCCACCAGCGGCGACGAUUGA